AGGUGGCUGUCUGCCAUGUUCCGAACCAGAAGCAACUGUGUUCCGAUAGUGAGUAAAGUGAAAAGGAAGUUAGACCUGGAGACCGAUCACCAGUACAUAGCAGAGAGCAUCCAGACUUCCCGGGGCAAAGCGAAAGGUGUGAAAUCUCCGGGGGAGAAGUCCCGCUAUGAAACCUCUCUGAACCUGACCACUAAGCGGUUCCUGGAGCUGCUAAGCCAGUCGCCCGAUGGGGUGGUGGAUCUCAACUGGGCAGCGGAGGUCCUGAAAGUGCAGAAGAGGCGGAUCUAUGACAUCACCAAUGUCCUAGAGGGCAUCAAGCUCAUCACCAAGAAAUCCAAAAACAACAUCCAGUGGCUGGGCGGCCGCUCUGCUGUGGGGCACACCAGUAAGUACCAGGGGCUGGAGAAGGAGAUCCAUGACCUGCAGGUGGCUGAGCAGCAGCUGGAUGACCUCAUCCAGAUGUGCACCGUCCAGCUCAAGCUCCUCACCGAAGACCCUGAGAAUCAACACUCUGCCUACGUGACGUGCCAGGAUCUCCGCAGCAUCGCGGACCCCUCCGAGCAAAUGGUGAUGCUGAUCAAAGCCCCUCCGGAGACCCAGCUGCAGGUUUCGGACCCAGCAGAGGCUUUCCAGGUUUCCCUGAAAAGCACCCAGGGCCCCAUCGACGUGUUCCUGUGCCCAGAAGACAGCUCUGGGGUCUGCAGCCCAGUCAAGAGCCCCUUCAAAGCAACCGCUGAGGAAUCGUCCCCCGGCUCUGCUCAGGCAGCAGCCCCCCCGCUCGCGCACCACGCCCAGGAUGUGAACUUACCACUGCUGCCUGAGCCCCUCCUGCCCGGGGAGAGCAGCCUGCCGCUGAAGUGUGCAGCCGACGAGGUGAGUCUCUCGCCGCUGGCCUCCGUGGAUGCUCUGCUGGAGCAGAGCAAGGAGGACUUUGCGAGCUUCCUGCCGGAGGAGUUCAUCAACCUGUCUCCGCCCCAGCCCCAGGACUACCACUUCGGGCUGGAGGAGGGCGAGGGCAUCAGCGAGCUCUUCGACUGUGACUUUGGGGACUUUGCGCCCUUGGACUUCUGAGCCCCUCCUGUGGGGCUGCUGUGCCCAGCGCGCACAGCCCCCGGGGCUGGAGGAGGCUCGGGGGCAGGAG